GUAGUCAAUAUUGCGCGCGGUCGUGGGGUCGUGUGCCGCGGCGUGUGCCCAAACGGUUUAAUAUAAGUGCGAGUUACAUCAAAAACUUGAGAAAAACUGUAGUUUGUGUGAGAGGUAAAGACAGAAACAUGGUUCAGAAUAAAAGAAUACUGGUUAUUUAUACCGGAGGGACCUUCGGUAUGAAGAAAAAUGAGGAAGGAGUGCUGGUACCUCAGAAAGAUAUAGAGGCUGUGAUCAGAAGACUGCCGCAGCUGCACGACCAGGACUACUGGCUGAACAAUCUCGCAGACACCGAGCACAAGGAGUACCUAGCACUACCUGAUGGCAAGGACACGGUAGACAAAGUGCUGUACAAAAUAUACGAGUAUGAUGAACUUAAGGACUCUUCAGACUUCACUAUGGAUGACUGGAUCAGACAGGCGAGGGAUAUCAAGAAAUUCUAUCACGACUACGACGGGUUCGUGGUGUUGCACGGCACAGACACCACGGCUUACGGCGCCAGCGUGCUGUCCUUCAUGUUGGAGUCAGUCGGGAAGACUGUAGUCCUCACUGGUGCACAGGUUCCUAUCUUCCAACCUCGCAGCGACGGUAACAACAACCUGCUGUGCGCGAUCCUGACGGCGGCCACGCAGUACAUCCCGGAGGUCACCGUGUUCUUCGGCGCCAGGCUCUUCAGGGGCACCAGGGUAAAGAAAGUCUCCAACACAAAGAUCUACGCUUUCGACUCGCCAAACUUCCCCUCUCUGUUGGAGGCUAAGGCGACGCUGGAAGUGGACUCCAAGAUGCUGAUCCACCCUUACGGCUCCGUGCCCAACGAGUGCCGGCUGCACGACAAACUUUGCAGAAAGGUGUACAUACUGAAGGUGGCGCCUACCAUCACACCAGAACUCAUCAGAGCUGUGUUUUCAGGAAUGGAAGGUGUCGUCCUUGAGACGUACGGCAACGGCAACAUCCCCAUCAAGCGCAAGGACAUCUACCGCGAGAUCGAGGCGGCGGUGCGCAACAAGGUGCUGGUCGUCAACGUCACACAGUGCAUCAACGGCACUGUCAUAGCUAAGCCACUGUAUGAAACUGGACUGCUGUUAUUGAAAUGCGGCGUGGUACCGUCAUACGACAUGACGGCGGAGGCGGCGUGGGCCAAGCUCGCGUACGUGCUCAGCAAAACUGAACUCAGCUAUGAAGAGAAAGUUACCUUAAUGAAGACAAACAUUCGAGGAGAGAUGAACAACCCAGAUAUUGUGUCUAAUAAAUGAAUUCAUUACUAUA